AUGAAGUGCCUAGCAAUUCUCUUCGCUCUUGUGGCUUUUUCUGAAUGUUUUGUUGAGGUUCCCCUCUGGAAAGGAGAGAAACUUAGAGAUAUUCUUAGGAAGAAACAUUUGCUGGAAAGUCUUCUACAGAAACAUCAUUAUGACAUUAGUACUAAGUACACCACACAUUCUCCAGAUGUUUUCAAUCCUGGUCAGCUGGCUGAUGAACCACUCAUGAACUACUUAGAUUCCCAGUACUAUGGAACAAUCUAUAUUGGAACACCACCGCAGGAAUUCACUGUUGUGUUCGACACUGGAUCAUCAAAUCUCUGGGUACCAUCUAUUUUCUGCAAUAGUCAAGCAUGUACAAAACAUCAACGAUUUAACCCAAGCCUUUCUUCUACUUUCAAGAGCGCAAGAAAGACUAUGGCCAUUUGGUAUGGCACAGGAAACAUGAAGGGCUUGUUAGGAUACGACACAGUGAAGGUGUCCAGCUACUCUGAUACCAAUCAACCUUUUGGUUUGAGCACUGAAGAGCCAGGAAGCAUUUUUACCUAUGCAAAGUUUGAUGGCAUCCUAGGCUUAGCCUACCCCUCAAUUUCGGUUGAUCAAGCAACUCCUGUCUUUGAUAAUUUGAUGAAAGAAGGUUUAGUGCAACAACACUUGUUUUCUGUUUAUCUCAGCCGAAAAGCAACUGGGAGCAAGAUCACUUUUGGUGGAAUAGAUCAUUCUCAUUAUACUGGUUCUAUUAACUGGAUCCCUGUGAGUCAACAAACAUACUGGCAGAUUUCAAUGGACAAUGUUUUAGUGAAUGGUAAUACGGUUGCCUGCAAUAGUGGCUGUCAAGCAAUUGUUGAUACAGGUACCUCCCUCCUGGCUGGUCCACCAUCCGGCAUAUCUAGCAUCCUACAAGCCAUUGGAGCUAAACAGGGGCAGCGUGUAAUCAACUGCAGCAAACCCGGUCAACUGCCUGAUAUUGUUUUUGUGAUCAAUGGAAUCCACUAUCCACUGAGCCCAGCAGCUUAUACUAAUCAGAUUUUACCAGGCUAUUGCACCGCUGGUUUCCAAGCAACUGGUGGGAGUAACUGGAUUCUAGGAGAUGUGUUCAUAAGAGAAUACUACAGCAUUUUUGACAGAGGCAACAAUCGAGUUGGGCUGGCAAAGGCAAUCUAA